UCUCUGCAUGCUAUGCUGUUUGGAAAGUGGUGUUGUUGUUUUUCUAGCUGGUGUCUUAGCCUGUUAGCUAACAGCGUUAGGCUGCAAUGUUUCAUUGUUUGAGGAGGAAACAGUAGAAAGAUGCUAAGGCUAACGUUAGCUGGAUUAUAAUGCUGUAACUGCUGUGGUUAGUUUCGUGAGUUACAAGCUAAAUGUUGACCUGUGCGCUGUUAUUCUCGCCUGUUUGUUAUUUUUAAACCCAUGGGCUGCAAACUACUUUGAAAUUUGCUGUGAAACUGUUAAGCCGUUUGUUGCACGAUAACCGAAUAUAAUUGCAGGAACAGUAGCAAAAAUAUUUACCCAAAUUGCACCUGUUAUUGGGUGACACAACAUCACAAUUUGUCUCCUGAGAGUGAGGUUUAGUCACGUGACUGCACCAUAACAGGUGCACAAAGUGUAGGCACGACUUGUCUAGUUAGACUGUUGUCUUCAGCAGCUACAGCUCAGUAACUGUAACUGUCAGACAGUAGCAAUCUCAAUGAUAAUCUCUGAACUUGAUCCUCCCAUGGUGCUCCUUUUGUGUUCCCCUGUUUCAGAUGUAAACCUGAACAGCAUCUGUCCCAGCGGUGGCUGUUGGCACAAUGGGGCUGGACUUUGACGUAAAGACAUUCUGUCACAAUCUGAGGGCCACCAAGCCCCCUUACGAAUGCCCCGUGGAGACUUGCCGUAAGGUCUACAAGAGCUACAGUGGCAUUGAGUAUCACCUUUACCACUAUGAUCAUGACAACCCAACUCCUGCACAGACUAUGCCACAGAAGAAGAGGAAGGGGCGGCCUCCUCGCGCCUCACUAGCAGGGUCAGGGGAUACGGACGAUGGUGGAGGUAACGGAGGUGGGCCGGGGCAUGGGGGAAACACACCUGGUAGCCCCAAUCGGUCAGAGGUCUCUCACUCCCCGAGCAGGGAGACGAUGACCUAUGCCCAGGCACAGCGCAUGGUGGAGCUGGACAUUCAAGGACGCAUUCACCGCAUUAGCAUCUUUGAGAACAUUGAUGUAGUGUCAGAGGAAGACAGUGACGCAGAGGAUGCCCCACCAUCCGGUACUGGUGGCGGUGGUGGAGGGGUGUGUAACGGUAGUGACGGUGGAGCUGGAGGUAGUGAGGUAGGAGGUAGUGGCAAGGACCGGCCGGAUAUCCCGUCUUCUAAUGGGGGCAAAGCCACCCCAAAGUCUGGGAAGCAUAAGAGUAAAGAAAAGAAGAAGGAUGGCUCAUCCCAUCAUCACAGUGCUCAGUCCGGGCCUGCAGUCAAACUUCCUGAGGCGGUGUUCAGAGAACUGGACCAAGAGAGACCUGAUGCCCCUCCUCGGCCGUCAUCUUACUACAGGUACAUUGAUAAGUCUGUGGAGGAGCUGGAUGAGGAGGUAGAGUAUGACAUUGAUGAGGAGGACUACAUCUGGCUUGACAUCAUGAACGACAAGCGGCGGCGUGAUGGUGUGACACCCAUCCCUCAGGAGGUCUUUGAGUACCUCAUGGACCGCUUAGAGAAGGAAUCUUACUUUGAGAGCCACAACAAGGCGGACCCCAGUACUCUAAUCGAUGAGGAUGCUGUCUGCUGCAUCUGUAACGAUGGCGAGUGUCAGAACAGCAAUGUGAUCCUGUUCUGCGACAUGUGUAACCUGGCGGUACACCAGGAGUGCUAUGGUGUGCCUUAUAUCCCAGAGGGCCAGUGGUUAUGUCGUCGCUGCCUCCAGUCGCCAAGUAGAGCUGUGGAUUGUGCUCUCUGUCCCAACAAGGGAGGAGCUUUUAAACAGACUGAUGAUGCACGCUGGGCACAUGUAGUGUGUGCCCUCUGGAUCCCAGAGGUCUGCUUCGCUAACACAGUCUUCCUGGAGCCGAUCGAUAGUAUUGAGCACAUCCCUCCCGCACGCUGGAAGCUUACCUGCUACAUCUGCAAGCAGCGUGGCUCAGGUGCCUGCAUUCAGUGCCACAAAGCCAACUGUUACACAGCCUUCCACGUCACCUGUGCCCAGCAGGCGGGCCUCUAUAUGAAAAUGGAGCCUGUCAGAGAGACCGGGGCUAAUGGCACUUCUUUCAGCGUCCGCAAGACUGCUUACUGUGACAUCCAUACGCCCCCGGGAUCAGCCCGACCUUUAGGAGGAGUCGGCGGGGCCAGUAUGGGUUCGUCGCACAGCGAGGGAGAGCUGGAGGAGGACGAUGAGCCCAGCAUCGGCCAUGACGAUGACUCCAAGGGCUGGAGCUCUGAGCGAGCCAAGAGGGCGAAGGCCAAGUCCAGGCUGAAGAUGAAGAGAGCGAGGAAGAUCUUAGCUGAGAGGAGAGCUGCUGCACCAGUGGUGUCUGUGCCAUGUAUACCUCCCCACAGACUGAGCAAAAUCACCAGUAACUUGACGGUACCCAGGAAGAGCCAGUUCAUGCAACGACUUCACAGCUACUGGACGCUGAAGAGGCAAAGUCGCAACGGCGUACCUCUGCUGCGACGACUCCAAACCCACCUGCAGUCACAACGACACAUCGAUCCCCUCCCACCGCAGCCGUCGACCCAACUUCCUUCGGCAACUUGUAGGGACAGCGAGGAGAAACAGACCGCUUUAAAGGAGCAGUUGAAGGCAUGGCAGAGACUGAGACACGACUUGGAGAGAGCCAGGCUGCUGGUGGAGCUCAUCCGCAAGAGGGAAAAACUCAAGAGGGAGACGAUUAAAGUGCAGCAGAUGGCGCUGGAGAUCCAGCUGACGCCCCUCCUGGUGCUCUUGAGGAGUACGUUGGAACAAUUGCAGGAAAGAGACACUAACAACUUUUUCACUGAGCCUGUACCCCUGGCAGAGGUGCCAGACUACCUGGACCACAUUGACACUCCAAUGGACUUCCAGACCAUGUGGAACCUGCUGGAGUCCCAUCGCUACCUCACUUUUGAGGCCUUUGAGGCCGAUUUUGGUCUCAUUGUCAACAACUGCCUCAAGUACAAUGCCAAGGACACCGUCUUCUACCGCGCUGCCCUGCGGCUCAGAGAGAUGGGCGGGGCCGUCAUGAGAACCGCCAGGCGCCAAGCUGAACGGAUAGGCUUCGACUAUGAGACUGGCAUGCACCUCCCCAGAGAGCCGAGCCCAGACAGUCAGCGUGACCAAGAGAGAGAGAGGGAGAGGGAAAGGGAGCGAGAGCGGGAGAGAGACAGGGACAGGGACAGAGAAAGAGACCGGCCAUUAUCUUCUAAUGAAGAUGACCUGCUCCUGCCAGAGAACAGGCGGCGGCUACCGCUGGAAGAGCAGCUGCAUUACUUGCAGGUGCGUCUGGAUGAGGUCAGCUCAGGGAAGCACAGCAUUGGUCAAUCUCGUAGAGCCAAAGCUCUGAGAAAGGAGAUCAGUGUCAUCAAGAGGAAGCUCGCGCACCAGCGGGAGGGCGGCUCCGGUAUGGGCUCCAGGGAGUCUGUUGGAGUAGGAGAUCGGGGCUCUUCCCUCCCCCAUCACCCAUCCUCCGCAGGACACCACGACGAGGGGGGAGAGAGCAGCAGCCAGGAGAAGGAUCUGAGUGUGUCCUCAUCUGCCUUGGCUCCAGAGGUGGGCCGUCGGACGUCUGUUCUCUUCUCCAAGAAGAACCCGAAAAUGGCCGGACCCCCCAAGAGGCCGGGACGCCCUCCCAAGAACCGGGAUGCUGGCUACGGUGGUACAGGGGUGAGCCCCAGCCCUAUCGGUCCCCCUCAGCUGCCCCUGCUGUCACCAACCAGGCAGAGGAAGAGGCCGCGCAGCCCACACAGCAGCUCCAGCUCUGACAGUGACAGUGACAAUGAUGACCUGCUGCCAGGUUUGCCAAGUAACGGUUUUGAUGGAGGAAACCAGCCAGUGACAGAAAGCUUCCGUGUCUACAGAAAUGAGCCACGACUUCCUCGUUCCAGCUCAGACUCUGAGUCCACAACCAGUAGCAGCAGCAGCGCAGCUUCUGACAGGACCAGUACGACGCCGUCUAAACAGGGCAGAGGAAAGGCGUCGUUCUCUCGCUCCGCCUUCCAGGAGGACAGCAGUGAGGAGACGUCUGGCACAGAAAAUGAUUCCUACUCUGUGGGAGGAUCACGGAGUGUUUCACACUUGGUGCGCGGUCGGGCCAGGUCAGGGUGUUGGAUGACCUCUGAUGACUAUUCUUCCCUGGAGGCUCUGGACCUGGUGUGGGCCAAGUGCAGGGGCUAUCCUUCAUACCCUGCUCUGAUAAUUGACCCGAAGAUGCCCAGGGAGGGGGUGUUCCACCGGGGUGUCCCAAUCCCUGUCCCACCUUUGGAUGUACUAAAACUAGGGGAGCAAAUGACCCAGGAGGCCAGGGAGCACCUGUUCCUGGUCCUCUUCUUCGACAACAAGAGAACCUGGCAGUGGCUGCCGCGCUCUAAGCUGGUGCCACUCGGGGUGGACCAGGAGCUGGACAAGGAGAAGAUGCUGGAGGGCAGGAAAUCGAACAUACGCAAGUCAGUGCAAGUGGCAUACCACCGUGCCAUGCAGCACCGCAGCAAGGUGCAAGGCGACCCCAGCAGCGAGACCAGUGACAGUGACUGAACACACACGUGCGCAUAGACCUUAUCUGUGGGUCUUCGCAGGUGUUGUGGAGUAUACGUUUCUCAGCAGAGAGCCCAGCCCUACAUCGCAGAACACAGAAAACAGUGCCAGUAGCACAGAGUGGAAUAAAAGAUCCACUAUAUUGGCCCCAGGACACACACACACACACACACACACACACACACACACUCAUGCACACUAAGCCGUAUUUAAUCUGACAUGUAAAAUAUUGUAUUUAAGAGAAUUGAAAAAAAAAGGUAAUAAUAAUAAUAAUAAUAAUGGAAAAAGAUUCUAUGUUCAGAAUCAUGAAUCAAAAUAUUCCUCGUAUGUGGUUGAUAAAUGUUUAUUAACAAAUGAGAUGAUGGUUUACAUACUCAAAAAAAAAAAAAUGAACAUAGUAUUACACACACAUUCACACAUGUAGUUUUACACUUGAACGGGGAAAUGCAUGCAGUGUACAAUAAAUGCACACACUGUGGGAACAGCUGCAAAUGCCAUUGCCCCAGCACGUCUUCUUCACAUCCACCUCUCAAAAAAAAAAAGAGAGAAAGAGAAAAAAAAAAAAACAACAGGCCUGGUGCUAAAGUUCAGUCAUUUGUCAGUGGAGCACAAAAAAAGAGAGACUGUUGCAGCCUAAACUGUGGGCAAACCAACUUAAUGUUAUUUAUUCUGCUUACUCCUUCUCAACAAGGUCCACAAGCUCGUCUCAACACGGACUACUUCUUAUCACUCCGGCCGCACAAGAAAUCGUUGUGUGGUCCUUUUCGUCUGUCACUCUGUGUUCAUCAUGUCUCCUGUUUUAUACGGUUUUGUUAACGUAUGUCUGUGUCAAACAGGCCGCUGGUCAAUGAAUAAUGAGGACUAAACUGAAACACAUGAUCGCCUCACUGUCUGUCUUAGUCUCAGGCUGAUGGCUUUAGAACUUUUAUAUAUACAGAUUGCAUAAAGAUAGAAGUUUAAUAAAAAGAAUUGAGUUUUUUAAA